GCCUCCACCUCAAAACCAAAUAACAAUAACCCGGUUAUAAAUACACGCUUCCGAAGCAGUCUCACAAUCUGUUGACGAUGUUCAAUGCAUGUCUGUCUCCACGUCGAAUCCACAGAUACCGCUCAGAGACGGUGUCCGGUGACAGUCCUGGGGAAGGAGCAGAGGAGGCGUGCGGGAGGCAGCCGCUCAGCAUGUUUGGGAGUUCUUCACUUUGUCAGGGACAGCGUGACUUUCCCAGCCUUCCUUCCUUGGAAAAUGAAUAAUUGUCAUCCCUUCGUCUGAUCGAUCGGACGUUUUUCUGCUCAUGUUGAACCAUGAGCGCGUCUGCGGGAACGGGGGUGUUUGUCCUCUCCUUGACAUCCAUCCCCCUCUGUUAUUUCUUCAAUUCCCUCAUUUACAGCAACAGUGCUGAAGCUGUCGUAUUUGCUGGAUGUGCAACAGUCCUGAUUCUGGCUAUCUCAUCCUGUUUCAUGCUGAAGAAGAAGGCUCCAGCAGAUCCCCUUUUCCAUGUCUUCGCCCUGUAUGCAUUCCUAAGUGUGGUGAACCUGAUCAUUGGACUGGAGCAAGACAACAUCAUCGAUGGAUUUGUGACAUUUUACCUCAAGGAGGCAAGUGCUAGUCUCUGCGUCCAGUUUGGGGCCGAUCCACAUAUAAAUACAGCACAUGGGCACAUGAUCUGCUACUGGGACGGUUGCGUCCACUAUCUCAUGUAUCUGCUCAUGAUUGCUGCAAUCACGUGGGGGGACAGUUACCGAGCAAUUGGACUCUACUGGGUGGGCUCUUUUCUCAUGCGCGCCAUAGUCUACAUUCUUGGGAAUGCUGCGGGAAAAUACGGGACCCAAGUGAGCCCUCUCUUUAUCCUCCACAUGUUUUAUGUAUCAGUGUCUGUGUGGACGUGCUUCCGCAUCUUCAGCCAACCCUCUGCACGUGCUGCUCAGCCAACAAACACUCAGGAGGAUCAGAGGAAGGGCCUUCUCCACAGGCCUCUGGAUGUGCUGUUUAUCAUCUACCUCAUCCCAGCACUGGGGUUCUGUGUAUUUAGAGGUCUGGUGGCGCUGGACUGCUCCAGCAAAUGGUGUAAAAACUAUAUGCAACAGUAUGAGCCCUACCUGAAAGAUCCCUCUGCCUAUCCAAAAGUCCAGAUGCUGGUGAGCAUGUUGUAUUCUGGCCCGUACUACGUCAUCGCCCUGUAUGGGCUGUUGGUCCCAGGAUGCGAAUGGAUGCCAGAACUCACUCUAGUACACUCGGGAGCACUGGCACAGGCCCAGUUCUCCCAUAUUGGUGCAUCUCUUCACACUCGGACUCCGUUCUCCUACAGAGUGCCGGCUGAAAGCCAGUCGGUCUUCUUACUGAUCAAUGUCCUGUACACGCUGGUGCCUCAGGCUCUGUGCUACCGUUGCUACAGCCAGCCCGCAUUUUUCCUCAGGCCAGUCGAAGAGAAGAAAAAGGAAUGAUUCAGGGCACCAAGGAAAGGCAGAGAGACACAGAUGUCAUGGAUGUUUUAAAAAAUGGCUGAAAAUAGCAAAGAUCUGCAUUAGAAAUUAGAAAGCAAUAUCAAGGUGUUUGAAUCAGUACAAAGAAAACUGAACUUGUUAUAUUUGUUGCUUAUUCUAAAAAUAUGACUAUGAAUUUUGUAAUAAAAACACUUUGUCCAUAGUUAGAUAAAGGACGAUUACCCUAAGGAAAACCAAUUGUCAUAAUGUUGUAGUAAUAUGGAAUUAAAUAAUUAUCAUAUUAUUGUGUUUUUUUUUAAAGAGUUGUCUUGGUACUUGGUUGGCAAAUAAAGAAAUCAUUAUUAUGCCCGUGUGUAAACUAAUAGUACUUACAUAUUUGGCUUACUAAUAAAUUACAUAAAGACUAUCAAAAGGCAUUGGUCACGUGUAAAAAAUUUGAUCUUGUCAGAUGGAGCUAUCUGAAUUGUCUUGUAUUAAUCUAAUGUAUUCUAAUUCAAACUAGAGCUUUAAAUUGCAUUAUGUUCAAACUGGUAACAUUCAAGAAUCAUGUAAAGUUCACCUCUUUAAUGUUUCAGGAACAAAAGUGAAUGAUG